GCAAUUUUUUGAUCGGAAGUUUCAAUUUUUAAAUGCCGUGGGAGUGUACUGCGAAGCUCAAGUUCUAAAAUUUAGAGAUGGUUCUUCCUUGAGCAAGAGGCAUGGACAUGAAUUAACCCUGAACAUUGUGGGUUUCAAUCAUCAGCAAUCAUGAGUAUCGCCGACUACACUCAAACCCCUGAGGACCAUCAGGCCUUUCUUGUAACGGUCAAACCCGUAGGAGCGGUCAAAGUUCGCUUAUUCGCCAGGACCAUUGACCGCAUCACCAGUGUCACGUACGUGAGGUUGCCUGAUAACAAACGUGGCAUCUGGCUCAGAUACAAACGUCUCGUACAUCUGGAGAACAAUGAGUGGGGUGACUUCCAGGUCCAUCGACGUGUCGCCGGCCUCAUCUGCCUGGGAAAGGCAGCUUCUGAGAUUGAACUAGCCACCGUGUAUGCAAACUUUGACACGAUGAAAGAGACGUUUCGGAGCACACUCUUUGACUCCCGGUGCUUCGUGUUUGGGAUGUCGGAAGAGACUGUGCAGGAGAGCGCAUCUGGGGUCAGACCGGAUGCUGUUUAUUACAAAAGUAUGGAAGAUUGCGAUCAGUUAGAGGAUGAUGUCAAGGAGUUUGCUGCAGCUUUGUUCUGGGUGCUGGAAUCCAAGAGGCUCGAUAAAACAAACACCAACAGAAACGACAAGCUCCCUCUCUUAAUGGCUCCAUUUGAGCGGAAGGAUAUUGUGGGCAUUGAUACAGAGACAAGGACGUUUCGGCGGCGUGUACAGGGUAGAAUGCGUAAGCACGUUGGUGAUCUAAGCCUGAUGGCUGGCAUGACACAGGAUGCGUUUGUCCACUAUCAGACGGCUUACGAGAUCUUGAAAGGAGCCAACGAUUGGCUGUGGAUGGCAGCUUGCCUUGAAGGCAUGUGUGCAGCUUCUGUCAUCCAGCUGUAUCCUACAGACCCUAAAACCAAAGGGAUUCCUAGGAAUGCUUCCUUCAGUGGCGAGUCAUUGCUGAAGCCACCGGAAGAGAAACUUCACCGGACUGGGAGCUAUGACACAAUGAAUGGAGUGGAUGACAAGCUGGAAGAUGAAGACCUGCCAAAGAACUGCCUUCCCCCUGAUGACAUCAUUGAGAAAUACAGGGAUGCUAUAGUUCACUAUGCGAAGUAUACGAAUGCUGCGAUCAUAGAAAUGGAGGCGUGCAUUAAAGCUGCAGAAGUCCUUAUCAAGCAAAGGAAAACAAUGGAUGCUGCAGACUUCCUUCAGAACGUGAUCUACAUCAACCUCAAUCUUCCAGAACACGAGAAGGUGCAGCGUUACAGUGCCCUCUCCAGGUUGUUUUCGAAGAUCGGUUUUCAUCGGAAGGCUGCGUUCUUCAAGCGGGUAGCUGCGAUGCAGUGUGUCAGUCCGACAAAUCCAAACUCUAGCUGGGCUAUGUGUCAUAGUUUACUUCUGGAAGCUCUGGAUGGCUACAAGCUGUCUCUCAAUGUAAAGGAAUUUAAACCAGAUGAGCCUCAUGGAUGGCCGAUUUUGCAAAUCAAACUUCUGAAUGAGAUGAUAACAGCCAGACGAAUGGGAGACCAUAGAUUAGCUGUGAGGUAUCUCUCGUUCUUGCUUCAUGCAUUCCACCCCAAGAUGUCUACGAACGAGAAGCGGGAGAUAGCUGCUCAGCUUGAGACAUUGACCAGCAAGACUCCCGGUGUUCCCCUUCCUCUGUCGGUCGACAAUGGUUUAAUUGUACCGGCGGUUCCCUUCUCGUCAUUUCCAAUUGUUAAAUCCUUUCAGCUGAUCCGUUUGUCCAACCAGUUACUUCCCCACAGAUUAGCUCCGAUCCUUUCGCUCAAAGAUGCUCUCAACUCAGUCAAUUCCAGUCCCUUCAUCUACACUCCACUCAGCUCAAGAAAUAACACAAUACAGAGAGACAAAUCCAAAGUCGAUUUCAAGUGGGUAUCCAAUGAAGCGUGUGAAGUUUGUCUUCAAGUUUACAACCCUUUACCCUUUGAGCUUAGAGUUAGCAAUCUAGGUUUUCUGGUAGAAGGGCUGAAGUUUGAGCCCAUCCCCGCCACCAUCACCCUCCCUCCCCAGUCGGGACCCCACGUCGUCUCCCUGAUGGGCAAACCCAAGGGCUCCGGCCUGCUGACCAUCACGGGCUACACCACCAACGUCCUGGGUGUGGAGAGUCACUGCCGUCUGGUCAACGUGCCGGCCGUGGAGGAGCCCUUCUACCAGGUCAAGGUGGCGCCGGCGCUACCCCUCCUCAAGAUAGCCACGUCCUUGCCCAAGGCUGCCAGUAGACUCAGCCUGGAUCCCUCGGAGAAGCAGGCCAGCACUAGUGCGGCAGUCAGUCUCAUGACAGGAGAAAACUGUGAAUGUGAAGUAAGGAUUACUAAUUGCAGUAAGGAUGUAGCAGUGGAUACGCUGGACAUAGUUUUAGAUUGUGACAUAGAUGACGUGUUUACAUGGAGUGAGGAGAAUGUUCAAACUCAACUUCCAUUGCAACCAACGUGUCAGCUGACACUCACUCUGUAUAUCAAAGCAAAGGGACCCUUCUGUGUACAAUCUGGUAAUACAAAACCAAUGAAUGUUCCCCCAACACCUACAGUAAACAGAACAGACAGGAUACCCGGUCUGCCAUCCAACCCAUCCAGAUCCCCUUCUUCGUCUAUGCUAGAACAACAAGCGUUAGCACCACACGAAAUAGACCUUACCAGAUUACAACAGACUAUUGAAGGUACUCUGAACAUGCAGUACUCUGGAGGAGAGGGGGUGGACGAGUACUUCAGACGGACCUCUCUAGUUCUGAAUGUUGAGGUUCAGCCAUCUAUAGUCUUCACAAAGUGGACUACCAUCCCAGCUACAGAUCCGAGACAUUUCCAUCUGGUGCUUGAUGCCAUGAAUGCUACCUCUCAAGAUCUAAAAGUGCAAUAUGGAGAGGAGAAUUGUGAGCUAGCUUUAGAGAGUCAAAAGACAAAGAGGAUGGCAGUUCGUGUAGAUCGGUUUGAGCUGGACACUCAAGCAGUCAACGAAAGUUCGGAAUUCUCCUACGUGUUGGAGAGUCCCCAGCUUCAUCUUUUCUCGGCACAACUAGCGACCAUGGUUGACAUCAGGUGGCAAUGUCCCAUGAAUGGUAAAUGUGGGGACGUAUCGGUGGAGGGUCUCAAGUUAUCUCCAGAGGAACUGGACAACAUCGUCCCGUUCCCUGUCUGGUGGCAUGUCCAGGUGAACGGUCAGCCCCACAUGGUCGGGGAACCAGUAACGGUCAACCAGGGCGAGCCUCUUACCAUAGCUGUCUCUGUCACAAGUAAAGCAGACUCUUGUGUUGGUCCUGUUGAGCUGAGUACAAGUGUUUACAUGGAUCAUGAGAACGAAAAGAGAGAGAUGAAUCCUGCUGAUAAAGUAGCAUGUUUAGGAACUACCUCAAGAGUCAUAGAACAGUUUGAGAGCGAUCAGUCGGCCAGCCAUGAAUGCACCUUCUUAUUCCUCUACCACGGCAUCUACAAGGUAGGCAUCACGUUCAGGGAGUUAAAUCACCAGUCUGACCCCAUCUCAUCCAACACACUGCACAGCAUAGUAUUGGAGAGGGAGGAGAGAGUAUGGAAGUACAGGCCACCAGUCGAGGUACAGGUGCAGUAAUGUAUCGCAACCCAGCUCCAUCUCUGCCAGCGGGUGAAGUCGUAACAUGUCGCUUUCCUUGGGUGAAAAAAAUACUUUGUUAUUAAGGCUGAGUCGAAACACUUAACCGACGGUUAAAUGAACUUUAAAAGCAAAAUUUUCAAUAUGUUUCACCCGAAAGUGAAAGAAAAAAAGGAGGUAAAUAAAAAGUAUGUUCACAAGGUCAUCUGUAAGUGCACAGAGUACAUUGGAGGAAUGUAAGUGGCAAAGCCUCGUAGACAUUGAGAAUCAAUUGGGAACUCUGAUCUACAAAAUGAACGUGAAAUAGAUUAAGAGCUAAUAAAUUUUGGAACAUGAUAGCUAUAAUGAUCAAAUGUUUAGUUAUAUCUUACAUGGUUGAUUAUUCCAUUUUAAAAUCUCCUUAGUAUUUUUCAGAGAUAAAGAGUGAAGUCAUGUUGCAUGGCUUUCAGCUUAAAACAUGGAAUUCAUCAACUUGUCAUGUUAUUUCAUGUCUUUACCCUUUAUAACGCUCACGAAAUGCACCCAAAAUGUGCGGUUCCGCUCCAAGCUAUGGAAACUUCAUAUCCUGUUUUUCGAUAGAUCCUGUUCUUUAUUCACUGCAACACGCGUCCUUGCGGGGGAAGCACGCAGCAACAUCAAGAUAUGUACAGUGCGACAAUCCCUGCGGCGAUGUAGAGUUCUCACAGAGGGUUGUAUUGUGCAACUUAUGAACUUUAAACUGAAGGUGCCAACCAUUUAAUUUUUGACAGGCUACUUUGGUGAUUAUUUAUAUGGUAGCUGCAACGUUGCAAAUUUGAACAUCUUUUUAAAAUCUUUUAUUUUCAACAAAAUCGCCCGUUUAUUUUAAACGGUUAAACAGUUUUGGAAAAAAAAAAAAAAAUGGCUCGGCCCUUCUUGUUAUUAAAGCAUGUAGUGGUGGUAUUAAAGGCCAUCAUCACUCAUUUGAACAGCAUUACUUGUACCUGAUUCAUUUUGGAGACAUGUUUACAUGAAAGGAAUGGGUUGAAUUGAUAGUAUAUUGAUAGAAUUCAGUUAAGUAUACCAUGACAAGUCAAGCUAGGAAAUGUUAACCCUAUACAGACAUUGGAAGAUAUUCAUUCUGUCCAUACUCUUCACCCUCACUCCCCCCUCCCCCUCCCCCCUCCCCCUCCCCUCCCCCCCCCCCCCCCCCAGUCAUGCAUCCUUUAAAACUAAUUUCACAUGUACUUUGUGGUCAGUUUUGGGCCUUUAUUCAAGCAAAAUCUAUAUACAUUGUAACUGUAUACAUUUGAGUAAAUAUCAAAUUGUUUCGCAUAAAUUGCUGCAGUCAUACUAUAUACAUCAUAUACUGAAGAUUUUACAAUAUUUCAUGUGGGUGACAGCCCCUCUCCCACCUCACUCUCUUGCACAAAGUCUAACCUUCCAAAGUCUAGUCUUAACAGGGUUAUUUUGUCAAUCAAAUGAAAAGUGACUGUAAUGCUGGCCUUAAUAUAAAGGAUAUACAUGAGGUAUCGUCAGGUUAUGAAUUCAGCAUUUGUGUUCAAAGAAGGAUUUUGGUGCAUGUGUCUAUAACUAUUGAUUCUUAUUUGUUUUCCUUUUUUUUAAUCAUCUUGAUAGCUCACAAGUUUACAUGGCAGUGAUUCUAAGAAUCAAGCAUUGGGAAGUGGAGUCAUACAGUGAAUAAUCUGUAUACUAUUCUCAUUGUGUCUUUUGUAAUAAUUUUAACAUUAGCUGUUUGCCUAGAAAAUCAGAAAAUUGCAAAAAGGUGUACACACUAAGAAAGAUAGUGGGAGGGGAAGCCAUGAAAAAUCAAGAAUGUGAGAGGGGAGAGGCAGAGAAAUGGGGAAGGGAAGGAGAAAGAGGGAGAGAGUGAGGUAACAAGGAAGGGAGAAAGCGGGUGGGGCAGACAUAGAGAGAGAGAGAGACAGAGAGAAAGAGAGAAAGGGAGGAGGGAAGGGGCAGGUGGAAAGUGUGUACAUUGCUGAGCGAGGUUGAGGGUGUAAGGGAGAAAUAAGAAAAAUGAUAUACAUCUGUAGAGAGAAACCAAUGUUUUACUAAGGGCCUAUGUGCGGUUACAAGUCUGCAUGUUUGUGAACUGUGCUUUAUUGCUUAUGAGAUGAGCAGAUUUAAAAAGGGAAUAUAUUUGUUUCAUACAACUCGGGAGUAAUGUAAAUGUCGAUUGUUGAUACCCUUUCAUAUUUUUCUUUAUUUUGGGAAAGUCCAACGUAUUUGGUCAUUUGAUGUCCAACAGUUACUAAGUAUUGUCGAAGUCUAAACCCUCAAAUUCACAUCCAAUGUGUCAUUUUACUUCAUUUUGGUCCUUAUCAAGCUCUAGUAAGGCUAGUAUUAACCGAAUACAAGCAAGAUAUAACUGAAGUCUUUUAUAUGAUCAGCAACGCAAGAGAGAAAAUAGUUCGAACUUGCCCUCUAAGCUUCUCAAUUAAUGUUUGGGUAUUUUUUAUAUUUGAUUGGGCAGGUAUGAAGUACAACAAUAAAUAAACCAGUUGAAUAGUUCAUUUUUAAUAGUCGUUUAACUUGUACUACUCUAUUAACCAAUUGCAAACCUUUUCAAAUUGGGUCAAAAUGUUCUGACAAACGGGCAUUUUCUCAAGUGGGCAGUAGGCAAUUUUAGAAGUUGAAAAUAUGUGGAAAAGCAACAGCUAUUUUUAUUGACUAAAGCAUUAACUAGUGUGCAGCUCUUUCACUGUGCAGUCUUUGUACAGACUGUCAACAUAACAGAAAAGGCCAUUUAAUUCUAGACACGUAACCUCAAAAGUUGAUGAGACAAAGAUUUAAAAACAAAUUAAGGCAAUUUCGCUAUUUCGCUAUUAAAUGAAGAAGUCACUUUACAUAAAUUGACAUGAUCUAUAUAUGAUAGGUCGUAUUUCUGUGCAACAAAGAUCUUAAUUUCAAAGAUCAUAGUACAAUCAUGACACUACUCUAUUAGCUGGAAAAUUCUAAAUCUAAAAAGGUUAAAGUUUUUAGCAAUUUGAAAUACAAAGCGCCCAAAUUCUUUGGGUAUUUUUGAUACCGUGUGUGCAUCUUUUUUUCUGCAAGAAACGUUGAUUCAAAAUUGUCACAUGGUAGCAACUAGAUCACCUACUGGCAGCAUUAUUUACAGGGAGAGGUGUGGGGGUAAUGUUUUACGAUGAUUAAACACACAGGUGUUAUGCUGAUUGUCAGUAUCAUCAUUCGUUAAUGCCUCAUGAAAUCUUUCCAGUAGUUUCUACUUUGCAAUAUAAGAAUUUAGAAACUUGAAGAAUUUUGUAUGAUUGAUGCUGUACUUAAAGAGAAACAUAAACCCCUUCCCUGGUGCUUGAAUGCAUGCGUUGUACAUGUAUUUUAUUUGUACAUUUAUGUAUUUAUAUGAUUUUUUUCUACUUUUCAGCUGAAAUAUUUUUUUCUUCUCAUUUGAACAAAAAAUAAAUGUAUAUAUAGCAUUCCUGGUUAUCAGACUUUCUUUGUAACUAAUUUGAUCUGAUUGCCAUCAUUACACAACUAAAGUUGGACAUGUGGCAUGCAACUUGAUAUACAGGGUGGCACAAUAAAAACGAAUUAGUAUAGCCUACUUCCAGUAAUACAGGGCAAAUUUCAACAGUUCCAGUAGAUGGGGAAUCUUUUUAGAAAAAGAAACACAAUACCAGAUUUGUCAAAAUAAUUUGAGUAAUCUUUCAUUUAGACACAUUUUUGUGAAACAAUAUUGAGGACAUCCACUGGCAGUGCUCCUUACAGAAUAGCAAGUAUCAUUGUGUAGUUUCAGAAAUCAUAUUAUGCAUGAGCUUUGGGCAAGCUGUAAUUAAUAAACGUAAGAUUGAACACAAAUAAAACAUUCCACGCACAUUUUUCUUUUUUUAGGCAUUUCAAUGACUUGUUAAACAGAUAUGAAAAUAUAAGAGUCAUUAAAAUGCAGUAUCAUUGUUACUGGACUCCUCCUCCCUUGCAUAAAAAAAUACUCCCUAAAACAAAAACUCCUCUCCCAAAUUUCUUCAUGUUAGUAUCAUUUUUCAUGUUGAAAGAUUGUCCUUCUCCUGGUACCAGUGAAUUUGAUCCCACAUUAAUUUUUUUCUGAGCCACCCUGUAUUUGUGUA